CAGCUCCUCCAGCUGAUAGCCUGUGUGUUCCAUGUUUGGGAUUGUUGUGAUGGGAGGCCGCAGCCAUCUUGGAUCAGCGCCGUCCCUUACCGAGCAGCGGGAGAGGAUGCACGACGUUAACGGCGGAGCCAGUUAGCUAGCGUUAGCUGCUCGGUUAGAUUAACCACAAUUUGUGUCGCUGUGAUUAUGCUUCACACACGCUAUUUUUCUACGUCAGCUGCCGUUUCCAGUGCGUAAAAAUGGGUUUAAAGUGUGUUGAGCGUUCAACGUUAUAAAUCCGAAGAGGGCGGCGGCGGUGCAGAUCCUCGGUAUAUUUUUUGAAAAUUUCUGAAUAGAGGAGUUACUAUGAAUGGAGGAUAAAUGUUGCCAAAGGCUGACAGCAGCAGUUUCGUCCUCUUCUCUCUUCUCUUCGUCCUCACGUUAACGGACCCACCACGGGCAGGUCCACGGCUAGCUCUGGCAAGAUUAUUGUCAGAGCAGCGCUGCAGCCCUGGGCAGUUUGCCUGCCGCAGUGGGAAGAUGCAGUGUAUCCCAAUGUCCUGGCAGUGUGAUGGCUGGACGGCAUGCGAGGACAAGAGUGACGAAAUGGACUGUCCCCCCAUAAAGGAGGAGAGGUUUCGCUUUGGCAAUGGAUACGACCAGGUAGAAGAUGUCAUUGGUGUGGCUCAGCCUGUGCGCUUCAACAAGAAAUGUCCCAGCGGGUGGCACCACUACGAGAAGACGGCCAGCUGCUACAAAGUGUACCUGAGGAACGAGAACUACUGGCAGGCCGUGGACACUUGUCAGAAAGUCAACGGCUCUCUGGCUACGUUUGUGACCAAUGAGGAGCUGCAGUUCAUACUGAAGAUCGAGGUGGAUUUUGAUGACAAAGUCUGCGAGCGCAGAGACCAGUGCAAGUUUUGGGUGGGCUACCAGUAUGUGAUCACCAAUCAGAACCACUCCCUGGAGGGCCGCUGGGAGGUGGCAUACAAAGGGUCAAUGCAGGUGUUUCUUCCUCCUGAGGGUCUGACCAAUUUUGGGGAUGCAUCUCCCACCCAGGACAACGUAUUUUGUGCCCAGCUGCAGCGUUUUCAGAUCAAAAGCAUGAAUGAACGAGGUCUACACAGCUGGCAUGCUGAGAACUGCUACAAGAAGUUCCCUUUCCUCUGCAAGAGGAUCAUGUUUCCUUCAACAGGGCAGACGUGCGUGGACAUAAAAGACAAUGUUGUAAACGAGGGCUACUACUUCACCCCUAAGGGGGACGACCCCUGUCUGAGCUGCACGUGUCAUGACGGCGAGCCUGAGAUGUGUGUGGCCGCGCUGUGUGAGCGUCCACAGGGUUGCCAGCAUUUUCGCAAGGAUCCCAAAGAGUGCUGCAAGUUCACCUGCCUGGACCCAGAUGGAAACAGUCUGUUUGACUCGAUGGCCAGCGGAAUGAGGCUGAUCGUCAGCUGCAUCUCGUCCUUCCUCAUCCUCUCCCUGCUGCUCUUUAUGGUGCACAGACUCCGUCAGCGGAGACGUGAGCGAAUCGAAACUCUGAUUGGAGGAAACUUGCACCACUUUAACCUCGGAAGACGAGUCCCAGGCUUUGACUACGGCCCGGACGCCUUUGGCACUGGCCUCACUCCUCUGCAUCUGUCUGAUGACGGAGAGGGAGGCGCUUUCCAUUUCCAAGAGCCUCCACCGCCGUACGCCGCCUACAAAUAUCCCGACAUCCAGCACCCCGACGACCCCCCUCCUCCAUACGAAGCCUCCAUCAACCCAGACAGCCUCCUCUAUGUUGACCUCGGACACCGGGGAGUCUCCAUGGUGCCGAGCCAGAUGAACACCAUGGGAGAUGGGCUGCAGGCUGAUAUUCCCAACGCCUCUGGCCCCAUGCCAGAUUCUGCGCCAUCUUCUCAGGAGAGGGAGGACUCCAUAGAUAGCAGCACCCUCCUGGUGGGGCCUGACACCCCGACUGAUGGUCACGUGCCCGCCUGCAUGCCCGCAGACUGCGCCUCCUCCCUCAGCACCGUAGUAUAGGACUGUGGCUUGAUGGCAGGGAGCUGCAUCCGGACAUGACCUGCUGGCUGAGGAAGGCCGUGAGUGCACUGUGCACUGGGAGAGGACGCAGCAGACUGUUGUGUCGCUUGUCAAAAUGCUGACUGCAGGGAGGAGAGUUAAAGCUUGUACAGACGUAUCAGAAGCAGCUGGGGUAUUUUUUGUUUUUCAGUUUUGUUUUGUUUUUUUGUUUGUUUGUUUUUUUGAGGUGUGAAGAUUCCCUCUUUCUGAAGACUCUGCAGUUGGCCUUCUGAGUAUUUGUUUUUGUUGUUUUGUUUUGGGGGUUUUUUAAGACACUGGCAUCUGAGGGAGCAGAGAGAACUGUUUCUGUACAGAGAAAAAAAAAACACUACAUUGAGGCUUAGAAGGCCGCACAGACUUUGACUGAGCAAAGCUUUUGAAACAUCUCAGAGUUGGCCUGAUUGGUCGAGAAGCCCUGAUGUAAAUACCCCCCCUCAGGUCCGUGUCGGUCAAUUUUGUUAUACCUGUGUGUCACAGUCCAGCACAAGGCAAAGUGUGAUGGGUGGACAGUGAAGCCAGCUAUUGUUCCUUGUGUGUUUUUGUUUCCAUCACACCACCGUUCAAACGGACAGGUCUGUGUUGAUCAUUCGCUCUCCAGGCUACGAUAACAUCCUCGCCAGCCCCGUCUGUUGUGGCAUGUCCCAGAUCUCGAUUUCUAGUUGUUCAUAAAGAUCUACUGUCCCCUCACUUUCUUAUUAGUCUGAUACAUGAAGCUGUCUUCCAGGUUUAUAGCGCAUAUUUGCAGCAAAAGUUUUGUAAUAAUGAGGUUAAACCUUGUAAGAAGGUACAAUUAGUUUUCCUGCUGUAGGGUUUUUAUUAGGUAAUGCUGACACAAGGCAUUAUGUAUUCAAGAAUGUUGUGGUACUGAAAAAUAUCUGAGUCUGGUAUUGUGUUCUUUUAAUGCUAAUUUAUGACUGCAGGCUGUAAUCUUGAUUGUUUUAUUGUGGGAUAGACGCAGUCUGAACUCCCCAGUGAUCAGUGAGCUAAAGCAAUGAAGCUUUUCAAGUGCACGUGGGAUGAUGUCCCAUCAACGAAUUAGAGGAAAUCAGUUUAUUCACAACAACUGUUGCAAUCAUGAACCCGUUUAAUCAUUCAGACGGUCCUAUUUGUUUUUACUUUCUCACAAACUCAGCGCAGGAUGGUUGUGUAUUUGCUAACUGAACCAUUAUUAGUGACUCAAAGCUUAUUCUUCUGCACGUGAAACUCUUAAGUCGGGUUUUUGUUGUGUUUUUGAAAGUACGUCAGUAGUCACAUUUGGAUGCCGCCCCUCUAUAUCUGAUGUGUUUUUGUAUGUGCGAUUGAUCACGCAGUACAUCUGUUAUCUCAGUUAUCGAGGUUGUUUUCAGUUACUGACGAAGAUGAUGUCACCGACUGUAGCUGUGAGUCUUUGUUUCUGUUUUUGUGUUGAUGGGUCUCUUGCUGUUCUGUUAUCUCAAGUGGGAUCGCGGUAAAAAAAAAAAAAAAUGUAAUAAAAGAGAAGUUGUUUAGAGUCGUUAUUAUGACAAUCGUUUGAUUCUCUCAAGGAAGAAUUUUUACGAAGCCUGAAGAAGUUUGAUCAGUCGACCCACGACCACCAGCAUUCAUACCGCUUUUUAUCACAAGUAAAACCGACUGUACAUGGUGUGUGACUGACUGACUGCAUGUCUGUGUAUCUCAUGUUUGAAUGUACUGUAUGUGUAAAACUAUUAUUUCUUUUUUUGCUGAAGAUUAUUUUCCCCAUUUUUAUGUUUUUUGUUUGUUUGUUUGUUUUUAUGGCAAUGACAAUCCACAGUGGAUUAUCCAGCAGACAAACUCUCAUAAAUUGUGGGAAAAACAAGUAAUUUGUGCAUGUGUGCAUACAGGAGAUAUAUGUGUGUUCUGGUUUGGAUAUAUCUUGUUUUUUAUUCCGUCAGAUUUGUUUGGUUUUAUUUUUCAACCUGCUUUUUGGACCUGCAGUGCAUGUUCUUUUUUAUUUUUUGGCAUGCUGAGAGAUUUUUCUUUGGAUGGAAACAUUUUUAUAGCUCAAGCUCAGUCUGUCCUGUACAGUAGGUUCAAAGACUCCUGCAUAUACUUUAAUAUCUCCAUAUGCAUCAGACAACCUGCUCAUGAACCCCAACAGCUGCAUUUACACUGUAGUUUCUGUGCUAGACUAUGGUGGUGUGACAACUAAUUUUACUUGGAUUUGAAAUGUUUGCCGUAUAAUACAACAAAUGCUUCAUUUCAUUGUCUUUUAUUUCAUAGCCUUUAAAUUUAAAAAAAAAAGAAAAAAAAAAGCUUCAUUUUGCAGCAGGGUUGUGUUUUUUCUGAGGUAGAUGUACAUCUAAUCAAAUGCCAAAUAAAUUGCACCAUGAAGGACGA